ACCGAUUUGGUGCUCUGUACAUACUCGACUCAGUAUCUUCCAGGUACUAGUUAAUGGCCUUUUCUCGUCGCGAGUGUCAAUCGAAUACUAUGAUUGAUCGAGCAUCACUUGAUCCAUUCCUUUCUUCGCGGACGACGAGACCGGACGGAAUUAUAUCGCAGACGGCCACACCCUUUUACUUUUACGGACGGCGGCGGCGGCAGCAGUGUGGGGACUACAGGAGCUGCUUCGAGAGAAAUAGAAACUCCUUUCGUCGGUGGCCUUCGCAACAGCCGCGAGGAUGCGAUUCGGCGGUACCGCGCAAUGCUCCCUGCGACUCUUGAUUCGUGCGUUGGUGCUGGUGCUUUGGCUGGGGAUUGUGGAUGUGGGCGUGGACGCGGCUGUGACGAGUGGGCGGAAUCCUAUCACUUCGCCGUUGGAGGGCGUUUACGAUGCGGAUGUGGCGAUUCCGGUUACGUGGAAGCCAACAACGUCCGGAACCGUUUCUCUUAUCCUGAUGAAGGGGUCUCAGGAUGAUCUUGUGGAGGUUGCUCCAUUGGCUGCUACCCUGGCGAAUACUGGGGAGUACAUUUGGAAAGUGGACCACGCCCUCGAAGGACAGGAAACGAUGCCUGCGAACGAUGUGUACGGCUUGAUGAUUAAGGAUGACCUUACCGGCCUCUUCGAAUACAGCCCUCCCUUCCGGCUUCGGAUCCCCGGCUCGAAAUUUGGCAAACGGGAUUCAACUGAAUCCACUCCGGCGUCUACUAGUGUCAGCAAAGGGCUCACGCUCGAAACCCGCAAACCAGAUCCCACCACGUCCCUCGAACACGAAAUGGAAAAUGGAGUCAAUCUCGAGGCAAUUUUCGGCACCGCCGGUGCUGGUUUAGGUGCCAUCAUCAUCAUGAUCGUUGGGUUUUCCGUGUGGCGGCGCAUCCAGAGCGAAAAGAAACUGGCAGCUUCUCGGAAAGAUUUCCGCCGCCGCCGCGACAGCCUCGAGGACGACGACACCCCUUCCCCCGUCACAGCGCAGUACGCCGCCCACAGACGCAUCCUAUCCUCCUCCUCGUUCGGCGAUGGCGCCCGUGCCAGCGACCUCUUCGAACGAUCGGCGCUCGAACCACCGAAACCACUCUCUCCGAUCGCGGACUCCCCGCCGCCCACGCCAUUCGCUGCCCCACCGAUGGUAUUCCCGCCCUCCGCCUCCCUCCGGCGCACAUCCAAAGGGCCCGCCGAGCUCCACCGGCGAUCCUCCCUCCUACCCCCAUCCGCGCCCGGCCCCACGCACCAAAUCGCCGGCUUCGCAUCGACCUCGCCGCCCGAAGGCUUCACGCUCGGCCCCGCCCCCAGCUCCCACAACUUCUCGCACCGCGUGCCCAAAUACUCCGCCUUCAACCCGGACACGCCACCGACGCGGCCGUCCUCCUUCGCCGCAACAGAAACCGACACCGCCAUCUGGGACAACCACCCCACAUGACAAUCAGGGGUGGCCGCGGCCGCCCCGAGCCCCUUUGCCGACGCCGCCGCGUACGUGCCG